AUGUUAUCCAAUAAUGAAAUUGAAAUGACAGUCGGUGAGGACGCUGUAGCCAAGUGGGCCGACCCGAAGAAAUUAUCACCCUGCACAAGAAAGCUGCCGCUCAUCAAGGAUGCUGAUGAUAUUUACAGUGACGUUUUGGUGAACCCAGCCACUUUACGAACUGCUGAAAUGAAAGCUUUAACAGCAAAAAAUCCAGCAAUGUAUCUGCUAAACAAAGUGCUGGAUUUGGUGUUCUCUGAAGAAGAACUAAGGGAUACAAAGGGUGCCAGAGGAUUGGACAAGCACAAAAUGGAUGCCCUUAAAGAAUACAUGUUUUCCAAAUGUCAAAGUCUACAGAUAGAACAUCUAAGACCAACAGUGUUCAACACAACUAUUCAAAACAAGAUUGGCAACAUUAGGCAGAAGAAAAGCUGUGCGAAAGGAAGUGUAAAAUUGAAUUCAAAAUAACUCUCAGGAACUCCAGCGUCUUUGAUGGACCGCACACUUUGGAGGGAUUUUUGUAGUUCUGGGACAGUCCUGUAGCUUACUAGCUCUCCUCUCCAGUUCAGUUAAAAUCCGAGAACCAGACAGGUUGUCAACGUGUGAACACUUCCUGUGGUCCCUGAACCACAUCUCCGCGAUAUCCAAACUGACGACAUUAACCUCGAUCUCUCUCAUCAAGUGUGUUUAAUAUGUGAAUACCAUUCUGAAGGAUUUAUAUUUUCAGAAGGAUUACUUCUUUCUAUGGUAAGUGCAUUUUAAGCUUACAAAAUAUGUUCAAAGUAACUGACAUGCAUGCUCCAUGCAGUUUCCAUUUUUUAUAUUAACAUGUACCGGUAUAUCUAUAUUGUAAUAUGUAGAGAGAGAGAGAGAGAGGAGAGAGAGAGAGGAGAGAAAGAGAUGACAUAACUUGAUAAAGAUCUAAUUUACUGAAAAUUUCUAAAAAAUGUUAUUGUAAAUAAUUAGAUAAAAAUUUUCAUCAUUAAUUGAAGUCAAAUUUUUUCAUGAUUGAAGGGAUCAAAAGACCCUGAACUUACAUGUUUUACAUGCAUGCAUGGUUUUCCUGUCUUAAUACACCAUCAAUAUGCUGUAUAAAAAAUCUUUAUAUAUGUUUUAGUAUAUUCUAUAAAUAAAUUUGAAAAACAAUGAGUAUUCAAUGGUUUUUCAAUGGAUUUCCUGUAGCAUUACUUUUCCAUUGAUUUUUCAUUAAAAUAUGACAUCAUUAAACUGGUACAAACUAAUUUGCAUAAGUAUUCAUUUUCAAUGGUGUUUCAAUGGACUUUCACUGUGUUUUAACUGAGUUUUAACUGGAAACUGGAAAAUAACUGGUUUUUCUUGGUAGACAUUAAAUAGUGCCAGUUUAUGCAGAGAAAUAAAACUGGAAAAUCAAUGGUGUUUCAAUGCCCUGAAAAAGAAUGCACUUUCAAUGGAAUUUCAAUGGCAUUCUUUUCUGUAAGGGUAGUGAGGCAUCAACGAGUAAUGAAGAAAUGCCAGGUAGAGGCACUGCGACAAGAAAGGACCGUCCUUUGCAGCCAACAGUGAGCCAGGGUUCUAGAGACCCCAGUGAAAAAGAGGCAUCAACAAGUAAUGAAGAAAUGCCAGGUAGAGGCACUGCAACAAGAAAGGACCGUCCUUUGCAGCUAACAGUGAGCCAGGUUCUUGGAGACCUCAGUGAUAGUGAGGCAUCAACAAGUAAUGAAGAAAUGCCAGGUAGAGGCACUGCGAUAAGAAAGGACCGUCCUUUGCAGCCAACAGUGAGCCAGGUUCUUGGAGACAUUAGUGAAGCAAAAAGACCAUCAAGUAGUCCGUCUUCUCCUUCUUUACAUAGGUAACAGUCAAAUCGAUACAGCCAUGGUCACACAGUAUUUAAACGUUAGUUGUUAUUUACUAUUGGACUCUUGCGAAAAGCACUGACUUUUACUUUGACAUUUAAACCUGUAUCAUGUACGGAAGUACAAUAUUGAUAAUAAAUAAGAAAACCUUUCUACUGGUCAUAGGUAUGGUGUUAGGCGCACUAACAUGUGAAGGUCGGGAGUUGAGGGUAGGGUUGUUGUCGUUUUCUUCGAGGACAACUUAUUUGUGCUUUGAAAUUACCCGUUAUUUUCGUUGAAUUAAAUGUUGAGCUAAAUAUUUAUAUCGUAAAAUAGCUUCCAUACAUUGUCCUAGUGUAAAAGUAAGCCGUCAACUUUAAGAGUCAGCGCUCCUCGCAAAAGUCCAUUAGACUUAUUUGUAUUGGAAUGUAUGAAGUCAGUAAUGAAAAUGUUUUGCUGUAGUAGAAUGUGUUUAUUAAAGUUAUUUGAAAAAAGUGCACAAGAAGUACUAAUUAAAGUCUCGUUUGUUAACGGUGUGAACAUAGUCUUAAAAUAAACUUCAUGUCCUCCUCUCAAUAUCCAGGGCAUAGGAUUUUUUCCAGUCUGAUGCAACUGUAGAAGUUGAAAGCAAGAACCAUAUUUAGAUGCCUUAUAAAGUUU